CGCGCGCCCAGUAGAGCAGCAUAUAGAGACUCCCCCCGUGUGGAGAUUAUACCGCAGCUCUUGGCCAUCUUGUAUCAGACAGGAUGAGACUCUGAAGAAACUAAAUUAGCUGUGAGCUAAAGAAGAAGAAGGAGAAGGAGAAGAAGAAGCGGGGGUUUGUUUCUUCUCUCCCGCUGACAGACACCGCAGAGGCACAAAUCGGGUCCGUGUGCGUGCGUGUGGGUGCGUGGGAACUGAAAACACCUCGUACCUCGAGCUGUGGAUUAUUCCGGGGACACCGCACUGGAACCAUGAGCUGGGGGUCGGAGCUAUGGGAUCAGUUUGACAACUUGGAGAAGCACACACAGUGGGGGAUCGAAUUUGUGGAGAAGUACACAAAAUUUGUCAAGGAGAGAUCAGAGAUCGAAACCAACUAUGCAAAACAAAUUAGGAAUUUAUCAAAGAAGUAUCAACCCAAGAAGAACUCACGAGAAGAGGAGGAGAGCAAGUACACCUUCUGUCGAGCCUUCCUGACAACACUUAAUGAGUUAAAUGACUAUGCAGGACAACACGAGGUCAUAGCGGAGAACUUAACAUCUCAAAUCAUCACCGAGCUGUCACGCUACCUGCAGGACCUCAAGGCUGAGAGAAAAUCGCACUUCCACGAUGGGCGUAAGGCACAGCAGCACGUUGAGAGCUCAUGGAAACAGCUGGAAUCGUGUAAAAGACGGUUUGAGAGGGACUGCAAAGAGGCGGACAGAGCACAGCAAUACUUUGAGAAGAUGGAUGCUGACAUUAACGUGACUAAGGCUGAUGUGGAAAAGCGAAGUUCCCUCAAGGCACGACAGCAAGCUCAGAUGAGACACCAGAUGGCUGCUGACAGUAAGAGCGAUUACUCCUCCUAUCUGCAAAAGUUCAACCAGGAGCAGAAUGACCAUUACUACACAAUUAUCCCCAACAUAUUCCAGAAACUUCAAGACAUGGAGGAGAAAAGAAUCGAGCGGAUAGGAGUGUGCAUGAAGACGUUUGCAGAUGUUGACCGCCAAGUGCUGCCCAUCGUGGGGAAAUGUUUAGACGGCAUGACGAAAUCAGCGGAGUCCAUCGAGCCCAAGACUGACUCUAAACAGGUGGUGGAGUCCUACAAGUCAGGGUUCGAGCCCCCUGGAGAUGUGGAGUUCGAGGACUACGGCCAGGCCAUGAAGAGGACGGCGUCCGACACCAGCCUGUCCAACUCCAAAGAGGGCAAGGAGAGGCCUGCUGGCAAGAGCAAGGGCAAACUGUGGCCUUUCAUUAAGAACAAGAACAAGCUUAUGUCCCUGUUAACGUCCCCCCACCAGCCCCCACCUGCCCCCCCAGCCUCAUCCCCGCCCUCACCCUCUGCUGUUCCCAACGACCCCCAGUCUCCCAAGCAGCAAAAGGAGCCCCUCUCCCACCGCCUCAACGACUUCAUGGCCUCCAAACCCAAAAUGCACUGCCUCCGGAGCCUGAGGCGAGGGCUUUCUCUCAAGCUGCUCACACUCAAUUCCCACGUCCGGAAUCUCAUUGAGGGUUCUGGACCAGAGGACUUCAGCCACCUGCCACCAGAGCAGAGAAGGAAGAAGCUCCAGGGAAAGAUUGAUGAAUUAAAUAAAGACAUUCAGAAAGAGAUGGACCAGAGGGACGCUCUAACAAAGAUGAAAGACGUGUAUGUGAAGAACCCUCAGAUGGGAGACCCCGCCAGCGUCGACCCCCGACUAUCAGAAAUAGGCCAGAACAUCGAGAAGCUCCAGUUUGAAUUGCAGAAGUUCGAGGGCUGGUUAGCAGAGGUGGAGGAGAGGAUGCCAUCCAAGAGCGACACACACCGGAGAAGUGUGCUCUACGAGACGCAGAACAACGCGCCAGUGAGCAACAACUGUGCGCAGGACAGAGAGAGCAGCCCGGAUGGCAGCUACACAGAGGAGCAGAAUUCAGAGACUCAGGUCAAAGCUACCACCCACCCCGUCCCCACCUCCAGCACGCCGGAGUUCGACGAUGAGUUUGACGACGAGGAGACCUUGCCCACCAUCGGCACCUGUAAAGCCUUGUACCCCUUUGAAGGUCACAACGAGGGCACCAUCUCCGUGGCCGAGGGAGAGCUGUUGUACGUCAUAGAGGAAGACAAAGGAGACGGGUGGACGCGAGUGCGCAGGAACGAGGACGAGGAGGGAUACGUCCCCUCGUCCUAUGUCGAGGUCUUUUUGGAAACAAAUGCCAAAGAUUCCUAAAAGUGUGAGGCUGGCUGAGGAAUGGCAGGGCAAGCACGCCUCGGAGAUACCACCACGUUCCUCACACGCUCAAAGUGAAAGACGACCUGAGUCUAAAGAGACGACCAAUAAUAUCGCAUCUCAGUUUCCAAACCGUUACAAAAAUAAACUAUAUCGGCAAUGUUGCGCUUCCUCUGCUGAACUCUGCAAUGUGAAGCAAGGAUAAGAGAAUUUCAUCUAAAUUUUAGCGCUCAUAACCUUUUCCCUUCUUAAUAACACCCAUUCAGAAGUCACAAACCACAGUACACAACCUUCUUUGUGUUGCUUUCAGCAAAGCUUCGCUUCUUAUUGUAACUAACUCCGCUUGCAUCGCGCGCGGUCAUGAAAUCUGGCUGUUGGCUUUCUCAGACUCAGCGUCACCCCUCUUUUUCCUUACCUUUCCCCCGUUACACACACGGCAGAGGGUGUGGUCAGAGAGAAGAUGGGGACCACCAGGAGCCUGCAGACAAAAGGCCAGCGGAGAACCCACGGCCCCCCUCCAUCCAGUAGAGUGUGUGUGGGACAUGAACUCCUCACUCACUCACUCACUGACUCAUUGACUUCAUAGAGAAUCAUCCGAGGAUCAUCCACCUCAUUCACUCCCUCUUGACACCUGCUUCCUUCCCACUAAAGUCAACUCCAUAUUUGCAGGUUUCACCCACCUGGAAACAGGAAGUGAAGGUGCUGAUCAUCGGUUUCUGUGUCAUGUGCUUCUGGUUUGGUCGAGUGACCUGGAUGCUUGUUAUUUUUAACAGGGAGUUCAAGUUCCAGUAUUUGUACAGCUCCCAUAUAUAUCUAUAUAUAUAUAUAGAUAUAUAUGGGGGCCCACAGGGGGGCUAAUUUUGUAAGUACAAAAAUGUUGCCUCCACUGGCAGCUGUUACAGCAGUGGCUUCUAUGUAAUCUCAUCGGGGCAACUGCGACAGGCCGCAAAGGGGGCAACUAAAUGUUCUUUUUUUUUAACCAAUAAAAUCUGGAGUCUGGGAACAUUACACAGGUCGCUCAAUGAGAAGUCUCACUCUCAACUGUGCAGCAGCUCGUUGUCCCUCUCUUCAUUUGUGCUUCAGUUUGUAAGAGAUUUUCGUCCAUAAACUACGGCUCACUUUGUUGACUGUCACAGUUGCCCCCAAUAAGAUAACAUUUUAGCCACUGCCGUCGACUCACGGCUGCCGGCGGAGGCGAUCAUUUCGAAAACGUUUUUGUAAGUACCAUGGUUCAAAUUCCCCUUUAAGGUGUUGUGUGUCGUAAAUGUCCAGUUUACUCCACUCCCACAUUCCCAGGACCAGCUGGAGGAAAAAAGAAGUGAUGGAUGAUUUCAUCAUUCACCAUCACUCUCAUCAUCCACCGGUCUUCCUGUCUUGUCACUGGUGCUUGUUCUUCUCUCUGACCACACCACCCUUAUCACUUCCACGGCCCCUCCUCCCUCCUCAGGUGGCUCAGGCUUACCCUUGGGUGCUUUGAGACCCUCCCUCCCCUGCCCCUCCCCCUCUUUUUUUUUUUGUUGCAACAGCUCAGGGCGUUGUGGUGUGCUGCAUGCUUGCCCUGUCGUCCUCCUCGCCCCCCUCUGCUGGUGGCCCGGAAGGAGCUGGUGCUGGGCGUGUUUGCUCAAGCUUAUGCGCCCCCCCUCCCUCCAGCCUUUCUGUUCAGUUAACCCUCAUUGCCUGGUCGUACUGUUUGAAUUAACCUGGAUGCUACUGUUUGGGUUCGGUGCCUGUGUUUUUUUUUUAAAUCUCUGUUGGUUCAGAAAGCAUGUUUCCCAUGUUUCCCCUGUUUGUUUUUUAACAGCGAGCGAGUGAUCACCUCCUCCACAGUUAAAUCUCAAAACUGCAACAAGGAUCUGAAUUGUUUUCUUUGUCUGAAUGAUCUUAUGAAUAGAUAGUUCAAGAAAGUCUCGUGCAUUUGUUUUACUGUAAGUUCACAGUCCAGUAUGUUUGUACAAAAUGUUAGUAUUGUAUGUUUUUCGAGCAGAGUGUCUAAUGCAAGUUGUUAGUUUACAGUCGAUCACCUUGUGCUUGGUCCAAGCAGCAGUCAACCCAAAAAACAAAAAGAAGAAGUUAUGAUUUACACCUGAUGUGUUUUUACGAUGGCCCGCCUACUGCCUACUCUACUGUAUAUGAAAAUAUACUGUGAUUCAUCAUCUUCCUGUGAAUUUGUGACUGAAGUGAACUGAACUUUUUUUUUAACAAUCAUGAGGAAUUAUGCCCUCCCCUCCAACCCCCCCUCCUGCUCAACGGCACAUAACGUAUUUGAUUUUUAAUAUUUCUGUUUUAUAAUUUUCAUGAUCUUAAGUUGAGAUUCUGCUUUCCUGGUUUUAUUUUGAGCUGGAAAUUUUUCUUGUAGCUUUUUUAUUUUUUUUCUCUGCCUGAACGGGACUAAAAUCCCUUUUAACUGCAAAUAUAAAGUUGAGUUGCUUGUGUUUUUUCUUCCUUUGGAUGAAGCCAUUUUGCUGAUAUUCAUCUGAAGCAGAAUAUUAUGAACACUUCCCGACACUGAUGAGUGAUGGACACAAAGACAGUUUGGACUCUUGAUGGAAGGAAAGAUCAAAACCCUGCUGAAGCUUCAAAAAAAAUAAAUACCAUGUUCGCUUUUUUCGCCACCCAUCUCAAAAUAUCAAGAGAAACACUUGUGUCAUAUUAUUUUCUGAGUGAUUCAUGACGAUAUAAACCUGACGAGGUAAAGACCACCACUUCAAUGGCAGCAGUAGUUUUAUAAUGUCUGCCUGUGCUCAAUGACAAGACCACCACAAACCUUUCAGUUAACGCCCCUGAAUAAACCGCCUGUACAGAAGAAAUGGCGCGAUGGAAUUAGAGAGAGUAUAUAUGAAUAUAUAAAUAAAGUUUAAAAAGGACAAACAUCUAUUUUAACUAUUGGAGAGUCUUACCAUGACUUUAUCUGCUUUGCAAAGUAAGACUUCUUUUUCCUUUGUAAGGUCUACCAAAUGGUGUGUUUUGCACUUUUUCGUUUGUGUUCCAUUUGGUAGCCCAUGCUUGUGUUUUGGAGCACUGAAUACUUUGUAUUGUGUUUACUGUGCCAAUUAAAUAUGCCU